AUGUCACGCUACGUUCGGAAAACUGAUCACGGAGUUACAGAUUGGGAUAAUUUAAUCGCAGCGAUCAAGGAAAUAAAAAUCGAUUUUAAGGGAAUACGAUCCACUGCAAAAGCGCAUAAUAUCCCAAAAAGCAGUUUGGCGCGAUAUAUAAAAAAAAUUAACGACGCAAACGAAGAUAUUUCAACUCUCGGCGACGAUGCAUUGUUGAAGCUGGUUAAACCAGGAUGGAGUGGCGUACGAAGCGUUUCUUCGUACGCCACUCCAUCGUUGGUUUUCUCACCCGAACAAGAAGAAGAAUUAGUGGUUUACAUUAAAAGAUGUUGCGAUCAUUAUUAUGGCCUGAGUAUAGCAGACCUCAGAUUGCUUGCCUACCAGUUCGCCAAAAAAAUUGAUGCUCCAUACCCACCAAGCUGGGAUAAACAUGAAACUGCAGGCCGAGACUGGUACUAUUCCUUUUUGCAGCGGCAUUCAAGCCUGACUUUACGAACACCAGAACAAACCAGUUUAAAUCGCGUCAAAGCUUUCUGCAAAGAGAAUGUGGAACUUUUUUUCGGAAAUUUAGAUAAUAUUCUAACAACUCAUCCAUUUCAACCAUCAAAUAUUUGGAACAUGGAUGAAACCGGUUUUUCCACGGUUCCAACAAAAAUUGGAAAAGUAAUUGCAGUUCGUGGCAUAAAAAAGGUCGGCCUAAUGUCAUCUGCUGAACGAGGAAGGAUGAUUACUAUGACGUUGACAGUGAAUGCAGAAGGCAAUUCGAUACCGCCAUAUUUUUUGUUUCCAACAAAAAAAAUGCAGGGCUGUUACAUGGAUGAUGCAUCACCUGGAGCUGUUGGAUUUGCAAAUGAGUCGGGGUGGAUGUGCCAACCAGAUUUCGUGAAGUACAUGAAACACUUCAUUGAACGAAGUAAUUCGUCGUUGGCAAAUCCAACGUUACUCCUGAUCGACAACCACAGCUCGCAUUUAUCUGUCGAGGUUUUGGAUAUGGCCAAAAACAACGCUAACAAAGUCAUUGAAAUUCGCCAUAUUGCUAGCUUAGUGCAAAAAGCGUUGGAUUUGGCGCUUACUCCAAGCAAUAUAAAAGCAGGGUUUCAAGCCACUGGAAUUUCCCCAUUCAACCCGAAUGUAUUCACCGACUCAGACUUCGUUCAGGCGGUAGUUGAUGGUGAAAAUGAUAAAGUUAUUGCAGCUGAGUCAGAAGAAAGUAACAUGGAAUUGCAGCGUCGCAUUCUUAUAAACGUACCAGAAAUAGUUGCGCAUGAAGAGACCAGUACAUCAAAAACAUCAAGUACGAUGUCCUCGAUUUUGUCUUCCGUCGGACCUUUGUGUGCUUCAACUCCAGGCAAAAAAUGUAAUCGUGAACCGGAAACCAAUGAAGAGGUGCGUUUUAACAUCGUCGGAAAAUAUCUCCGAAGCGAAAGAAAAGGAAAAAAAAAAUUGGUUGCUAAAGAAAAAGCCACCGCGAAUAAAGAAAAGAGGCUACUAAAAAGGAAACAACCUGCAUCGAAAGAAUCGGCACGGAAGCAACCUGCAAAAAAACGCGAGAAGAAAAAAUUGACUUCUUCUUCGUCAUCAGAGGACGAUGAUGAUGAUCAUGAUGAUGAUGAUGAUGAAGAUGUUGAUUUUUGCAUUAUAUGCAUGAAAAACAUGCCUCGCAAACCGACUCGUUACAACUCCGUCGAAUGCAACACGUGCAAACGCGCUGUGCACUUAAAAUGCGCUAAUAUGCGAACGAGUUUUUUUACCUGCGCAAAUUGUGAUUCUGAUUAA